GACGCGGCAGCGGAGAAGGCGGUUCUCGUUUCGUUGCCCGGCGGCGGCGGCGGAAGUGCGUCUUUUCCACCCGGCCUUUUCUCCUCGGUCGAGACAUUUGUAUAGCGUGGCCAAGCAGUUAAAGCAUUACUGGACUGAGGAAUAGGAGGGCACUAUGUUAACAGCUCUUCGCCACCUCUGCCAUGGUAUGCCCCCUACACCUGUUUUCAAUAUGGGGACAGUACGCAGAUACUUAUCCUGGGAAAAUGAGCAACGGUGUCGCAGACUGCUAAAGGCAUCCACCGACCGCUAUAGACAAGAGCGUGUGUCAGCAGCUGUUCUGGUGUCUCUGUGUUCUGUGGCUGGGGUUCCAGCCAUCUUGUAUACCUUGCGUUCCAGCACCAUGACUGGCAUGCACAAAGGAGAUGUUAGCUUCCCAGGUGGUAAGCAUGACUCCUGUGACCGGGAUGCCAUCGCCACAGCCAUCAGGGAGACUCAUGAAGAGCUGAAUCUACGUGUAUCUGGGGAGGACUGCAUCUGGGGAGUCAUGAAACCUGUGCCUGACCGGAGAGGAUUGACUGUGGCUCCUGUACUUGCAAACCUGGGUCCUCUGGAGCAUCUCACCCUGAAGCCUAACUCUCAAGAGGUUGAGACUGUCUUCACGCUCCCCAUUUCCCACUUGCUGCAAGAAGAAAACCAGGGCUACACGAACUUCUGCCACAAGAGGCAAUACAGCCACACACUGCCUGUCUUUCUGCAUGGUCCUCACCGCAUAUGGGGUCUUACAGCAGUAAUCACUGAUUUGACUCUGGAAUUGCUGGCUCCAGGAAUAUACCACAGGCGGACUCGAAUGCGGGCCACUCACUGAUCUUUGUAACCUGUGUGUAAAUGGUGACUGUUAAGGUCUGGGCCCCCAUUCCAUGACGGUCAUCAAAAUACUUUGAUACAUGUAAUCCCACCAGCCAGAUGCUGGUCACUGCCAUGUUUGGAGAACUCAGGACACUUGCAUUUCUCCUUCCACUACAGGACAAAGAAAUCUGUUGUCCCCUCUGGGCCCUUGAAGCAAAUACUUAUGUAUCAUUAAGAGGAUGAGGACCAGUUUAGCAAUCACCUAUCCAGCUACUACAGCUACUGUUGGGCUUAUUUUUGAAUAAAACAAAUAAGGUGGUGCUGAA